UAAUACUUGCAGCUAAGAUCCAAAACCUCUUCCUCUCGAUCGAACAGCUCGGCUGCCGGAGUUUGGCCUGUGUUCUUUGCCGGCAGAGAUUCGUCUUCAGCUGUCACUCCGAAGACAGUGUUCGUUUCCUUCUGUGUAGAAGUGGCGAUGGCUUAGCUUGAUUAUCCGGAGGCGAAUUUGCAGAAUCUUUAUGAGAGAUCUGGCUGUUCUGUUGCUUUGUGAAAGAUUUUGGAGUUAUUUUGUUCUUCUCUGCUUGAAGUUCGUAAGGACAGACUGGACAACGGGCAACGGUGCUGAUAGUUCAGAGGCAUUGAAGUGCUCUUCGGAGAGGUUGCUUGUGAGGUUAUAAACAGAAGGGAGGAACAAAAAGAAAUCAAAAUGCUGACAUGUAUUACGUGUUCGAAGCAAAGGAUGGAGGACGAUGAAGAGGGAACAACGCGUGGAACGCCGAAUACUAAAGAAUCCGUCAAAGGCCUGACGGCACAGAUCAAAGAUAUGGCAUUGAAAAUGUCGGGUGCAUACAAGCAAUGCAAGCCCUGCACAGGCUCUAGUAGCUACAAGAAAGGGCAGCGACCUUUCCCAGACUUUGACACCAUCUCAGAAGGGGUCCCCUACCCGUACAUGCAACCAGGGAGCUCGAGUUCAACACCUGCAUGGGAUUUUACUAGCUCAGGUCCCCACCUCUCUGGUGGAUCUGAUUCAAGGUUCACUAGGCCAUUUGCAGGUGACCGGACCCCAGGAGGGUUAUCCAUCUCCGCCCAGUCCGGUGAGAUGGUGCUAGAGGACGAGGAUGAGCCCAAGGAAUGGAUGGCACAGGUGGAACCCGGAGUUCAAAUCACUUUUGUGUCUCUCCCAAACGGUGGGAAUGAUCUAAAACGAAUCCGCUUCAGCCGAGAAAUGUUCAAUAAAUGGCAAGCUCAACGAUGGUGGGGUGAGAACUAUGAUAGAAUAAUGGAGCUCUACAAUGUCCAGAAAUUCAAUAAACAAGCUCUUCACACUCCCCCAAGGACUGAGGAAGAGAGAGAUUCUUCUUUCACAAGAUUUGUAUCAGCAAGGGAAAGCCCAAUGGCUUCAUCACUAAACAAAGAGUGGACGCCAAGAAACUACUAUAAACCUUCUGGAAGCAAAGGGUAUUUCCCACCAGAGCCUCCAGAUCAAGGCGGCGGCCACCAUUACCACCCUGGCUCAAGUGCUUAUGGCCAUGGUGGCCCAAAGGCCGAGAGACCAUCCAUGGACGCUUCACGGACAACAACCUCCUCUAGAGAUGAGGCCUCAGUUUCGAUUAGCAAUGCAAGUGAAAUAGAGUCAGAAUGGGUAGAGGAAGAUGAACCCGGGGUAUACAUUACCAUCAGACAAUUAGCUGAUGGCACCAGAGAGCUGCGGCGUGUCAGAUUCAGCCGCGAAAGGUUUGGAGAGUCGUGUGCCAAGACUUGGUGGGAAGAGAAUAGGGAGAGGAUACAAGCACAAUAUCUUUGAAGCAUGCAUGCAUGCAUGCAUGCAUUAAUUUUAUCUCUCUCUGGGAAUGGAAUCAUUACAUUCUGCUUCCUCAGCGUAAACAUGCCAGUGGGUGCGCAUGCAUCAAUCUACAACAGUGGAGCACCAGACACGAUUCUCUCGCCUAUGAUUGAAAAUUGAAAUAUAUGGCAUCACAGCGCAUGAUGUCCUGAUACUCUCUAUACGGAUGGAUAUUGAUCUUUGACAGGCAGGCAUUUUUGACGAGGAGCCCUACCUAGGCUACCUUAUAUACCUAUCUUGCUAGUUAGUUGGUUGAUAAGAGAGUUCAAGAAACGAGAUGUUGUCAUGCGAGCAGAGCACACAGAAAGACCAUACUUUAGUCUCUGGAUAUGCCUCUUUUUUUUUUUAUAUUUAUAUUUUGUUUUACAUAAAUAUAUUUAUUUGUUCCUUUUCAUCUUUUUUUUUUUUUGGAGUUGUUGCUGUGGGUGGUCAACACAGUUUAUACAAAACUACUUCUAUAAGAUUCAUUGAGCCCUGCCUUUGCUUUCA